UAGGUUGUGGCCAGGAUGUGGCCAGCUGUUUUGCCCCGCCUGCUGAGACGUCGCAUUGUCUACAUUGUGCUGGUGCUGCUGCUCCUCGUCUACGGAUUCGGACACCUCUUCGAUGGGGACUCCUUUUCCGGUCUACACUAUGACGAGUAUGUGGUGCAGCGCACCCGACCGCUGCUGUGGACGCAGCAGCUACUGGCGCCGGAGGAGCAGCUCAAUCGGACGCGUGGCGAUCCGGAGGCGCGUUGCCGGAACUCCGUGCAGGGUCGCCGGCUGCUGGCCGACGAGCGUGGAUUCGUGUGCCGGCGCGAGGAGGUGCUGAUCAGUGGUUGCUGCAAUCCAGAGCUUCCCGGCAUUGGCUACUACAGCUGCCGCACCUGCAACACCACUACCCAUUGCUGCGGCGUGUACGAGUACUGCGUCUCCUGCUGCCUGCAUCCCGGCCAGCAACCGCUGCUGGAGCGCGUCCUACAGGCGCCCAACACGCCCAAGUACAUAUUCGCAAGCGUGUCGGACCACUUCGAGCUGUGUCUGGUCAAGUGCCGGACGAACUCGCACUCCGUGGAGCACGAGAACAAGUACCGCGAUCCGGCGGCCAAGCAUUGCUACGGUCUCACCGAAGCGCACGAGUCCCAGCGGAAUGUGGCGCCCCAGGGCGCAAGUCGCAGCUGACCACUGGUCACUGUCGCUCCUUCUCCGCCCCAUACAAUGCGAUUUAUUCUGUGCAAAGUUCUUAGCCGGAAAGAUUGACGUUGAACGGAUGAGCUUUACCUCGAACUAGAAAUUAGGCAGUUAUAAGUUACCAUUAAGCUGGUUUGUUGGCAAUAUCGUAAGUAAGUCAGGGAUCGCUUUAGGCUAGGAAGAAAGCGUGUUUUGUAUGCUAAGAUAAAAAACAUUUUCUGCAAUAUACAUCUAUAGUAUAGUCUAAUUUUCAUAGAAUCAGCCAAUUUUUUGUAUUUAGCUACGAUAAAUUAAAGUUCGCAAAAUGUGUAUCGAAUUUAGUUUGUAAUUUUGUAUCGUUAAAAAACCUGUUUUAAAAUAUUGUAAAUGGUCAAAAAAAUUAA